UCAUCAGUCCUUCAGUUUUACUUGGAAGACCAUUUCCGUCAAUAAGCCCAGCAAGAGCCAUGAACAGUUCAAUAGAUGUUGAUAAUGUUCGAAUUAGAUUCUUAUUUAAGGCUGUCGAGAACUCAUUCAAUCUUUUCUACAUCCUAUCGCCCGAUCGUGAAGAAUAUCUGUGUAUGAAAAGCUCGCGUUUCUGCAAGUAUUCUACAAAGUUUUAUGGUCAAGCAGGUGCCCAGUGGAAGGUUAUCCAGAUAAAAGAACCAAACGGGAGAGAAGAUGAUCCGUCCUUGUUUGUACUUUGUACCAAAAAACAGCCACAGAAGUUCUUAUAUAUCGCAAGUUCUUUUUUGGGGUGUGCUAAAGGUCUCGAAGAGUCAAAAGCGGUUGAUAAGGAGUGUUUAUUCAAACUUGCUCCACCUGGGGAACCCCCAAUGUACAUUCCUUUACCAAAUGCAGAAGGAGUGUCAACAGGAUUAGAUCUUUCUUGUAGUUUGUGAUGAAUAUACAUUUACACUGACGCCUGAAUAUAUAUUUAAAUAAUGGAGCCAAUGGAAAUAAGAAUCCCGGCGUAUGAAAAAAUAAAAUAAUAACAACGGGAGAAAAGAUGUUGAUCACGUGACUUUUAUUGGUCGCAUGGAAGUAAUUCCAGAAUAAUUAAUAAAAGGUAACAAACAUUGUAAACGUCAAGUUGUUUGAAUGUGUAGUUGUAGGUAAAGUUAUAAAAAAGACAUCUCCAUUUUGAUUUCCGCCUCUAAAAAUCCAAAUAUUUAGGUUUUUUAGAAGGGUGACAUAAUUUGAUCAUUACUGAUACGUAAAAUGUUUAAAUCAAAAGUAAUACAUGCAUAUGUAAAUACACACAAUUUUAAGUGGUUAACAUGAUCACAGAUACAUGUAUCUUAUAUUUAUUAUUUUGUGCGUUUAAUAAAAAAUCUAAAGAUUGUGUUAAAAUUUUGGGGUUUGAAAAAUGAAAUUAUCAUUAAAAAGUCAUAUUUACAGAAAUAGGAGUAGGGAUAGCUUGAGUUUUUUUAAAUCAGUGAGUACAUUUUAUGCGCCAUCUUAUUUUGUUAAAAUUCGGAAUAAAAACGCUAAAAUUUAUGGUGUGGAUUUUACCAAA